AACCACAAAAACUAGUUUGAAUAAAAAAGUUCAAAUGAACCAACAAAAUAGUUAGAAUUCAAAUGGAAUCAAAAAAUAAUAAAUAAUUUUAAUUAAACAAGUAUUUUUCAGAAUUAUGGGACAAAGAAGGAAAUGGGGAGGAGCGCGCCCCAAUGCCGGGAAAUAAUCAAAGAUGCAAACAGACAGUGAAUGCACAUGGAGUGGAGGGGGGGAAACUCCAGUGAUAAUCAAAAUUGUUCCUGGACUUGGAUGGGUAGGUGGAGGAAAUCAUGAAUGCAGAGAUGGUGCCAACCUUACUACUUAUUCGAUGUUUCUCACUUUAAGUGUGGUGGUGGUGUUGGAAAUGGAGGUUGUGAUGCUGGUGCUGGUGGUGGAGGUUGUGGUGCUGGUGGUGAAGGUUGUGGUGCCGGUGGUGGUGGUGGUGGAAGUGGAGGUAGUGGUGCUGGUGGUUUAAUUGGAAUCGCAAGGCUGGAGACUGAGGUGAUGGUGACAAGUGAAAAUAAUCUACAAGUUCCAGUUCUACAACCUGCUAGAGGUUUGAGUUCUGGUUUUGAUGUGUCGGCCAAGAGUGAGGAGAGUUUGAAUAAUGAUCUGGAAUUGGAGGAGAAAACAGCCUUAGACUGAAGUUUGAACUAUUUUUUCUAAGCUUUGCUGUGGGCUACUGUCAACCUUCUUUGUUAAUGUUAAAAAUAAAAGCUAAAAAAAUGUA